AUGUUUAAAGAUGAUAUUGAAUUGGAUUCAAUUCUUCAUGAAAUUAUCAUCAAUCCAUGUCUAUUCGAUCUAUCAAAAGGACGCGUACUGUACUGCGAAAUUCUUCGGCAUAUAUCGCUUAACAGAAACUUUCAAGAGGAUCUUCUUAAUACUCCUGACGUAGUCUUACUUGCGUUCCAUCACGCGGCAUUUGAUCGAAGUUCCGCUCCGGUCAUCUUCAAUGAUGUACGCGUCGCGUAUAAUACGGAUAGUCGAUUACCAACAGAAGAAAAUUGUUUGCAAUAUAUCGACUAUUCUGCACAUGAACGUCAAAUGGAUAUGUCAAUAUCCCACGAGUUUUGGCAAUCACAAAUUGAUGGUUAUGAUUUUAAUUAUAACUUACAGCUGCCUUAUGACCGACAUCGUUCAACUACUCAUGAGCGAUCGAGUGACGCACAUUCUGUUCAGUUUUCACUAAGCAAUGAUGUUGCAAUGGCCUUCCUAGCAUAUGCCUCAUCGCAUAAAGUUACUCUUUUCCAACUUGCCUUAGCUGUAUUUUAUGAAUUUUUAUUCAAAUUAUGCAAUAAUCAAAGUGACUUGUGUGUUGCUUGUUUAAAUGCUAACCGAUACAGACCUGAACUAGAAGAUCUUGUUGGCAUGUUUGUUGCUACUCUUCCGUAUCGUCUGCAGCUUGAUCCUCAUAGGUCCUUCGAUGAACUUGUCCAACAAGUUCGAGAGAAAUGUUUGUCAAUUCUCGAGCAUUCUCAUUAUCCACUUCGAUAUAUUCUUGCUGACUCUCGCCAAGAACAAGCAUCAACAAGUUUCCUUGAAAUUGUCUUCGAUUUCAUCACUGCUUCGUUAAGCAAUAAUGAACUAAUUUUAGAUGGUGCACAACUCGAACCAAUUGCACCACAUUACUCACAAGUGGCUAAAUUUGACUUAAUGCUGGCAUUUGCUUAUUAUCCAUCAUCAGAGAAUAAAAAAAUUUCGUGUUCUUUAAUAUGUUCGCAGGAUCUAUUUGAUCUGACGACGGUGCAGAUAAUAGCUGAUCGAUUUUCUGUCCUCUUGCAACAGCUCUUUGGUUCACAGAGAGAAGCAUCGACAAAAAGAAAAUUGCAUGAACUAUCCAUCAUGUUGCCUACUGAUCACGAUCUAUGCCGUCAAUUGAAUGAUAGUGGUGAAUAUAACAGCGAAAAAUUGAACUAUACACUGACUGAAUUAUUCUACAAACAAACGAUGAAUCAGACACAGAAACUUGCCAUUGAGCUCGAUGAUCAAUCUUUGACAUAUUUUGAACUCUAUUACAAUGCCCUACUACUUGCACAACAUCUUGUGAAAGAACAUCACGUCAUGUUGGGUGAAAUUAUUUGUCAAUGUGUAGAACGAAGCUUAUCAAUGGUAGGUUCUGUUUAG